CCUGUCUUGGCUGUUCGAUGUCCAAGGGACAGGUGAAACCCGUCCAGAAGAGCACGAGCACACGCGCAGUUAAGAUGUUAUCUCGCGUGUAUCUCGACUUGGGGGGAAAGAUGAAAACCAGGAGCAUUGGUGGCAACUGGUACACACUGAUCAUCAGAGACGAUUUCUCCCGUUGGACGCGUGUUUUCUUCUUGAAACACAAGUCUGGCGCAGCGGUUGGGUUUGAGAAGUUCCCGGCGGACCACCGAACGAAAGGGGUUCCUCGCGAGGUUUAUAUCGCACGUACGGACGGUGGCGGCGAGUUCCAGGGGCAGUUUGCGGAAGGGCAGUUUGCGGAAGUUUGCCGCAGACACGGCAUCAAACAAGAGUUCACCCCCCCUAACACCCCAAAAUACAACGGUGUAGCGGAGAGAGCGCUGGGGUUGAUCACUGAUGCCGCGCUUGCGUCACGCAUCCAAGCGACGCAACUGUUCCCCGACGCACCGAACCACCCCCGGUUGUGGGCCGAGGCCAUUUCGUGUGCAUGCCAUCAGCUGAACUGCACCGCCACUAAAUCAAACGAGGGAGACAAAUCAGCCUACGAGAUGUUCCACGACCCCCCACCGCCUGUCGGGUCUACAUCCCCGUUUCUCAAACCAGCCGUGUUCAAGUCGAGAAGAAAAGCAAAGUCGCAACCCAAGGGCGAAAAAGGAUGGUACCUUGGUCCUGCCCACAAUCACCCCCGUGACUGCGUUCGCAUGCUAACCGAAGCUGGAACCGUAAUCACCACCCGCAAUUUCACCUGGCGCCACGUGCCCGCUGCAUCGCCCGCUCCCCCGCAGCUGCUACCUCUCGCAGAUGACGAGGAGGGCGGGGAGGGCGAGAGCAGAGCGGAUGCAUCACGCCAAGGUUCGGGGGGGGACAGAGACUCAGAGAGUGAGUCCGACCUCGACGUGAUGGAGGCUCGUGGGCCAGGGCAAGCGACGCCGUUUGUGCGCGAGGAGGCGCCGACGGCACCCGGCAACGGGAUUCCGGGGGACGGAGGCAACGUUCCCCCGUCGCCCCCUUCGGGAAGGGGCGACUUCGGCGGAGGCAGUGGCAGCCCCACCGACAGCAGCAGCAGCAGCAGNCCCGGCAACGGGAUUCCGGGGGACGGAGGCAGCGUUCCCCCGUCGCCCCUGCCCGAAGGGGGCGACUUCGGCGGAGGCAGUGGCAGCCCCACCGACAGCAGCAGCAGCAGCAGCAGCAGCAACAGCAGCAGCAGCCCGAGCAGCAGCAGCAGUGACGCCGGCGGUGCCGGCGGCCCGGGCGGCGAAGAGUCCGGCGACCCAGGUGGGGACGGCGGUAGCGAUGGUGAUCCCGGCGACUCCGAGAACCUCGAGGAGUUGAAGUAUGAUGCAGCCGACGACCGCUACCCCCGCGGGCUAGAAGGGAAGAAUCUCCGCUGGGGCGCCUCGAACGCUGGCCCGCUGCGCCAUGGGCUUGAGAGUGGCCGCACGCGGAAGCAGACCCGGGAGAUGCAAGGUGCCGGGGAGAUGCCGGGGCCCGGAGAAACACCGGACCCGGAAGAGGCACUGCUGGCGACCAUCCUGGAAACUGGCGGGACGGGGAUUGUUGAGGACUACAUCUGCAACUCGCUUGUGAAGGAGCAGUGGGACGAGGAGCAGACACGCCGUAUGGAGGAGGUGUACAGGCGCGAGAUGCAGGAGGUGUUGCGCCCGGAACAGCAGGCGUUCGGGGCCGAGGUCGACGCCAGCGGGUCUUCGCAACCACUCCCAGACCCACAGCUAUCUAUGACCUCGCCAAUCGGGCAGAAGCCAAGUGAUGUGGAAGCAGUACGGAUGACGUACAAGGAUGUGAUGUGGCCGAAGAAAGAUGACGAGCCCGCGGUGGAAAAGCCUGUGAGGGAGGCGAUCGGAUGCCUGAUGUGGACGAAGCUGACGAGGCCAGACAUCGCCGUGCCUCGGAACAAGCUCCAGAAGAUCGCCCACUCACCCACCGGGAGGAUAUGGAACGCGCUUGUGCGGAUCAUGUCCUACCUGAACUUCACGAAGGACUUCGGCAUCACCUACGUACGGGGGUCAGGACUAGACCUAAGCGUGUUUGUCGAUGCCAGCUACGCUGACAACGAAGUAGACAGGCGUUCUACGACCGGGCUAGCUGGCGUGAAGGAGGCGUUGUUUGUGCUUGGCGUUCUGUCGUUCACAGCGCCUGAGACGAGUGGGGCGAAGAUCAAGGUCCUUCAAGACAACAAGGGGGCUCUCGCCUUAAUCGAGAACCCGUUCAGCUCAGCGAGGAGCAAGCACAUCGACGUGCGGUUUCAUUUCAUUCGCGAGCUAUACAAGUCGGGCAAGAUCACUUCAGAGUAUGUUCCGACUGGAGAGCAGCACGCCGACAUGCUGACCAAGGUCCUUGGCAGAGAGAAAUCAGCGUGCCACCGGAAUGCUCUGAUGAACCUACCGAUGUGGUGUUCUCUUGCUCUGUUUGGAAGCGUUGUGCCGGCGCGCCACCCGCGGCUGGAGCCUAGAAACGCCGAGAGCGUUGCUUCGGGUGUGUAA